UCACACAACUGGAACAGCAAUUUCUCCAUUCCCAACUGGUAGCUACCUCGAGUGAUCCAGCUAGCUAACGAACGCUUCACAUUGAGAGUUCUGGGUUGAUGUUCCAUAUUUACUUUCCUACUAGUAGAACCCCCCGCUUGGUGAAAUUCGAAGAAUAAUAUAGAUUAUUUUAAUUAUACUGCACAAAACAAGUGCAAAGUUAAUAGCUACUUGUAAGCUUAUUUGCUAGCAUUGCUAGUUAGGAAAGCUAACGUUACGGUAUUUUGUUUUCUGAGAUUUGGCUAAAAGGGCGGGUAUUCUUUUUGUUUUUGCCAUCCCAGCCCCCGACAGCUUGUUAUUGCUCAUUCGAAGACUGUAGUAAAUCGUAGCUAGCGUGCUCGUUAGCUUGAUAAUAUCGUGCGUAUUCAGCCAGGAAGCCAAUUCAAGGCCUUGCUUACCACAAGUCUUUGCAUCGUCGUGCAGUGAGAGCUGACAGCUUACUUGGUGACAAAGAGACUUCUCCCUGAGGAGCCAAGAAGUAGACGGCUCAUGACUUCUGACCAGGAUACAAAAGUUGUAGCUGAACCACAGGUGCAGCAAGUACAAGAAGCAAAAGAGAGCUCCCAUCUGGAAUCUGCCAAGUUUUCUGACCUGAACCCCAAUGCAAAAGCAUGGGCCAAUCACAUGCUUAACCUGGACACCGCCACUGCGACUGGGACUGCGAACACACCUGCUCUCCAGCCAUGGAAGGAUGGCUGCGAUAGCAGCUUGGCUGACCCUGGGCCAGAAGGCUAUGAAGCCAGCAAAGACAAAGUGUUUGAGGAGCCCCUGUUGGCCGACCCAGAUGAGCCUCCACCGGUGAUGAUGGCAGAGCCAGCCCCCAUGGCCGCAACCGUCACCCUGGAGGGCUCCGACCCUGCUGCAUACCCAGAGUCUGGCCAGGAGGCAACUCACACAGACGGUGAGCUCCAGCAGGAGAGCCGUCAGGAGGACCUCCGGGAACACCUGAAGAAGACCCUGGAGUUCUGUCUGUCCCGGGAGAACCUGGCCAGCGACAUGUACCUUAUCUCUCAGAUGGAUAGUGACCAGUAUGUGCCAAUCGUGACGGUAGCUAACCUGGACCACGUCAAGAAACUCAGCACGGACGUGGAGUUAAUCGUUGAUAUCCUACGAUCUCUGCCGUUGGUCCAGGUAGAUGAGAAGGGGGAGAAGGUGAGACCCAACCAGAACCGCUGCAUCGUCAUCCUCAGAGAGGUCCCUGAGAGCACUCCUGUAGAGGAGGUCGAGGCUCUUUUUAAAGGAAAGAACUUACCUAAAUUCAUAAAUUCUGAGUUUGCCUACAACGACAACUGGUUCAUCACCUUUGAAUCAGAAGCAGAUGCACAACAGGCAUAUCAGUAUCUUCGUGAAGAAGUGAAAACCUUCCAAGGGAAACCUAUUAAGGCACGGAUAAAGGCGAAGGCAAUUGCUAUCAACACUUUUAUGCCAAAGAAUGGCUACCGCCCGGUGGAGGUAAACCCAUAUGCUCAACAGCAGCAGCAGCAGCAGCAGCAACAACAACAACAGCGUUACACCUCGUACUACAUUCCUCCAGUGUACAGCCCUCAGCAACAGUUCCCCCUCUACAGCCUUAUCACUCCACAGGCCUGGUCAGCCACCCACAGCUUCAUAGACCCUUCACUGGUUACAUCAUUUCACAACACUCAAUUCAUCAAUGGAUUUACAACAUCCCAUAGUUUUAAACCAGCGACGUCUCCUCUUGCUGGUGUUAGGCACUACUCUCCCAGGAAUAGGAAUCACACUCACAAUAAACCUCACCUGAGGCCCACAAUACCCAACGCAGAUCAGCGUGGCACAGGGCUCCUGGACAACCCCACCAUCUUCAACUUCCCCACAGAGCGCAUCCUGAACGGGGUGCCCCGAGGUUCCCCCCAGACGACGCGGCUCCUGAGCCAGAACAGAACCAGGUUACCCCCCUCCACCAUGACCUACCCUAGGAGGGACAUCGGUACGGGUCGGGUGGAGCCCGUCAGCACCGACUACUCACUGGGCAUGGGCCGUGGAAGGACAAAUAUUUAUGGUUCUAGGAAAAAGAGGGAUGACAACAAGUUUACAAGAGUGGCCACCCAGUCACCCCCUCCUCAGAAGCCCCCAUCGCCCAGCUUUGAGCUGGGGCUCUCCAGCUUCCCCCCCCUGCCUGGGGCCGCAGGCCAUCUGAAGACCCCUGACAACAUGUUUGAAAACAGACUGGCCAGCAUGGUAAUAGGAGCCACAAAGGUCAGGAAUGUAAGUGUUGAUGCCAGCGGUGCAGGCGCCCUCCUCCCCUCAGGAGGACCCAAGGAGCCACUGAGGACUUUCACUUCUCCACAGUCCCCGAGCCUCCUGCCUGCUGCUCCCCCAGCCCUGACCCUAGCACCAGCCUCGGGCCCUGCCCCUAUCCCCACUCCCUCCCAACCCACAGAGGAAGUGAAAGUUCCGGAGGCAAAGGAGAACCGGGUCUCUGUGGAGCUGGUCACUGACACCCUGUACACCGCUAGCAAAUCUGUUCAAGUCAAUGGGGCUGCUACAGAACUGCGAAAGCCCUCUUACGCUGAGAUCUGCCAGAGGAUUAAAGACCACGCUCCGACACUACAGGCCCCUAAAGAGGCCAAGCCAGCCAGCAGCGCUGCCUCCGCAGGAGAGGAGAGGAAGUGCCCUGACGCAGCUCCAGGGGACAGGGGCGAGCCCAAGGCCCCCCGAGAGACAUACCCAGGCUCCUCCAAGCCUGCUAACCCAGGCAGACCCCGAGAGGUCCGGAGACCAACCGGCCGGUGGCCCUCACCACCUCCCCACCACCCAGGGAAGGGUCCCAGCAGCAAAGAUCUCAACACCCCCCCAAAGUACCUGCAGUAACCCCCAACUGCAAUAAAGUCCAUUUCAAAACAAAUGUGUGAGAGGAAAAAAAUCUGGAAAAAGUCAGGGCUAUUGAAAUACAACCUAUCCCAAAAUCAUCAGUCAGUCACAGCAUAGAGAGGAUGUGUUUCUGGAUCAGGGCUUACUGACAAUAGCACCCCAGUGUGCAUGUAGAGAACUGUUCAUCUUUACUUAUUUAUUUUUUGGGAGGUUUAUUUCAUUUGGAUUUUUUUUUGCAUUAUUUUGUGUCAAUCAGUCAAAUGAACUCUUGUUCAGAUUAGUGGGAUAAAUUCAUAUGUCCAAACUGCCUUCCAAGAUAAUAUUGUGAGAGUAGGUAGACUGGAAGCCACCCAGUGAGUGAAUGAAAGGAAGUGGAUGAGUAACGGAAUAGCGGUUUAGAUCUUGUUAGUUGUGGGGGGUGUUUCUGUAUGUUGUAUGCAGUCCUAAGAUGUAAUGUGAUACCAUUGCAGGAUGAGAUGAUCAGUCAGUCAUGAGAUUGGCGUCCCAAAUGACACCCUAUUCCCUGAGUAGCGUACUACUCUCGGUCAAAAGUAGUGCACGACAUACGGAAUAAGGCGCCGUGUGGGAUGCAGCCAUAAUUGUUUUUACAUAUUUACAUUCAUAUGCAAGGUCAACUAGUCUAGUGUCAUUUUAGACUUCACUGAAAUCCACAGAAGACCUACUUUCUGAGGGAUUUCUGAGAUUCUUUUUGCCAACACGGAACUCUUUGUCAUUGUAACACCAGCAUAUGAGGAGAAUACAUUUAUUUGCAUACUGGAUUUGAUUGUUGGUACAAGUACCUCUAGUUGUUGCGUGCUGGUGGUUUUAAGAGCGCCAAAGUCUUUAUCUGGUAUUUCUUGUGGUAAACAAUAAAAUGUAGUUUUCUGCUAUCCCAUUCACAGGAGUCUGUUUCCUAGCCGUAUAAAGCACAUUGCUAGUUAGGCCUCUUAGAGAGAGGUACUAUCAGUGUCAGUAGAAAUCUACAUGUAUUUUCAUCUCAGAAAAAAAACCGCAUAAAUUUAUCGCGUGGUGGCUAUUGGUGACUCUACUCCUUCUAAAUCUAGCUGUGAAACGAGCAUGUCAAAGACUUGUUCAGCGGGCACAUGUUGGCAGUGGAGGUGGCUAGGCUACUAUAAGGAGUAGGCAGUAGGGUUUUGGCAGGGUGCAGUGACUUCAUUAUUUUAGAUAGCUAUGGUGCUCGAGGAUGAACCUGGAACGUGUUACUUCGAUGAAUCUGGUACUGUACUUAGAAAUUAAUACAUGAUACAUGUCGUCAACUAAACUUUGCACUAUUUGUUUUGAUUCUGGACAUACAGAAGCAAAAAGGGAACAUGUGAAUCUAGUUUCAUAUUCUCUGAAAUGUAAAGAGGAAUAUUGAAACUGCUGAUAGUCACAUUAUAAUCCCUUUAAAAUAUCAGUUACUUUUCUUUCCAUUUGACUUGCGCAUUAUUAUUAAAUGUUGUGGCAGUGUAAUCAGUUUCAGAAGAUCUAAAUGUUGACUAAUUCGAUUAACUUCUACAUGGAGAAAUCCACACGAGUUAAACUGUUUACUGCCAUGUAAAUGCCUACUAGACAUACUUCCGUGCAGGAUAAAAAUAACUUAAGUCUUUAGUUGUUUUCUUUUGUGCUCACUUUCAUUGAUUUAAACCUGUGGAGUUUCACUAACAAUGGCUUAUUUUUGCAGUGGUGUUUUAUUUGAUUUUGUUUUCCAUUUUAGGUAGUGAAUUAUGAAAGCACUGCUACGUGGUGUUUAUUUUUAUUUUUUAGAAAGCGGUUUGUUUAUUCAGUAUUACAGUAGCAAAUUGUAAUGUGGAUUUACACCUGAGAUCAAAGGUUCCCAAACAUUGUCCUGCCCCCCCGGAUGCACAUUUUUGUUUUUGCCCUAGGACUACACAGCUAAUCCAAAUAACCAACUCAUCAAGCUUUGAUUUAUUUAAAUGAGCUAUGUAGUGCUUGGGCAAAUAACUAAAUGUGCACCCAGGAGGGGACCCAGGACUGAGUUUAGGAAAUCCUGGUUGCUCCAAAAUAUUUACAAUUAAGUAGAAUUGGUUGAAAGGAAGAAGUGGGGUUUUUCCCUUCACUACAAAUGUUAGAUAUUAAGGUAAAAGAUGAGGCAGCCCUUUUAGAAUGAAGGUAUAGCUUUAGUCAUUGGGUGACACUCAGAAAAUAUGAGUAGUAAACUGCACCCUGUGAGCAGGCAGAGUAUGACCUUUGACCUGUUUUGGAUGCUGUAAAGUCCUUUCAGUUUGGACAAAUGUUAGGCAGAGCAGGCAACACUGUUGGGCUGUUCCAACACCUUCCCCUCCAUACAGUAGAAAUGCCCUGUUUAUUUUUAGCAUGGUUUUCUUCUGGAGAUUUCACCUGGCUCUCCAUACAACAACCAUAUAGCUUCCAAAUUCCCCUCUGUGCUUUGUAUAAAUCUCUAAGUAGAAAAAAAGUGGAACCUGUGUGCUUCUUUAGUGUCUCAUUGACGUCUUCCUGCAACAAGGAGCUACCCUGGAGUACUUUGCUUAGAAAAGAGGACUUAAUUCGGAGAGAGGAGACAUUGCCUGUAUUGAUAGUCAUUGUUGCUUUUGAUUUGCAUGCCGUUUGGUUUGCAAACACAUUAUUUGGGGAGUUUGAUUCUGAAGGACUGAGAUGCACUUAUGGGCGGUCUUAAAUGGCAGAUGUAUUAUAAUUUUUUGUCUUUUUUUUCCCUGAGAUGGUAUAAAAGACAUGUUGUACCGCAUCUGCUUAUUUAGAAACCAGUGCUGUUUAUUCCAUGAGAUAUCAUUAAAGUUUCUUUUCAAGAAAAAAAUAUAUACAAUUUUAUAUAUUUUCAAAUGUAUAAUUUCCAUCCGGUGUUUAAAAACUUGAAUUUUAUUUAAACUUGAAAAUGACUUUGCCUUAACUUUUAUACGAGACAACGUAGAGUUAGUUUAUUUUUUUUCAAACCCCGACAUGUUACUAAGGGAGACGCAUGGAAAUAUUUAGUCAUACCUAACGUCAGGAGUCUUACUUGGUCUUAAAGUACAAAUUUAGCAGCAUUUUGGUUUUGUCAAAUGUAUCUCGACUCUCUUUUGAUUAACUUUGUUCCUUGUUUUUAUUUUCUGUUUGGUUUGGGGGGGAAUAUAAAUCCUGUAAAUGCAAAAUAGUCAAUACUUUAUCAAAUCUGUUCUUUGAACUGUGUGCUUUGCUUGUACAGUUGUAAAUAAUCAGAAAAUAUAAAGAGGUACCUUAAAAUGAUUUAAAAAAACAUAUUGAUCUUGUUGAACUAUUAAUGUCGCUUUUGAGCUGGAUGUAGGAUAUCUAAAUGUUUGAAUUUCUUUAAAAAAAAAAUGUUCUGAUGUGAAGAAUUGCGUCUGCCUCACUUUGCAAUGUGGGCAGGUUGUCUGAUUGUAACUUUUUAAAUGUCAUUCUCAUUCCAUUUCCAUGUGUUUUCUCAACAAACAGGUGUUUAUUUCUAUUGUUUAGCCCCUUCACUGUGCACAAUGAGAAAAGGGGAGAACCUACCUGUUGUACAAAUACACAUCUUCAAAUGAUAGUACAAAGUCCAUCCUCUGUCCUGUGACAGACGGCUUAUAUCAAUCUGUGUGAUUUGGCCCAUAAAACAGUUCUUUAUGAAUCACAGUAAAGCACAUUUGAAGCACAGGAACAUCAAAUCUUUCACACACAACCAAUGUCAAUUCCUCAGCAGCAUACAGUAUAAUUUGUUUGGCGCAAAUUGAUUAAGCAUGGUUGAUAUUUUGUUUGAGUUUUUUUGUUUUUCAUGAAAAUGUACAUCAACGGAACUUUCGUAGCCCCCAGAAGUAAUAACUGUACUUAUUUUGUUUUUUGGUAGGCUUUACCAGUGUUUAGACUCAAUCAUAAUAGUGUAGAUAUAUUUUACACUUCUCAUUUUCUUGCAGAAAUUAUUUCCGGCACACUGUAUAACAUACUGUGCAUUGUCUUUUUGUAUCAUUUGAUCACACAUGUGUGUUUAAUGUGGCAAAAAAACUGUGCCAUUUAAUUUGUUUCAGCCUGGCAGUUUGUUUGACUUGUACAUAAUAUUUAAGCGCCUGCCAUUUAUAUUUUGAUAUUUGUUGUUACUCAUGGGAAGUGUAGCUGGUCCAGAAUUAUAAAACUGGGAAUUAAAAUCUGAUACCACUGACAUUAGACAAAGUACUCAUAGCAACCUGCAUCUGACCGGGCUUAUGAAGUCGAGGCAUGAUUGUCUGUAAAUUUAAGCUGGUCUAUGCUCGUAGGCCUAUCUAAUACAAAAUGCUGUUGUCUUUGCAGAUUGGGUAUGGAUAUGUUAUCAGGCUGGGCACUGUGUGUGAUUGUGAAGUGUACCACCUGGGAUCAGCAGAAGUAUAAAACACAAAUGCAAAGUUGACUGACGGUCAAGUUAACCCAAGGUUCAUUCGCCAGCUAGGUGUGUGCAGCAUGAUGAGAAAAAUAUUUUUCAUUCAAUGUUAUUGGUUCAUCUCUCCAGAAGAUGAUGGCACUGCUUACAGUACGAAAGACUGACUGAACCUGUGAACUUUUUCUUCUUUCUUUUGCUCGCACUACUAAAGCCUGUUGUAAUGUUUGGGCUGUUCUCCUUGUGUUACUGUACACAGACAAAGUCUCUCAUAUCAGGCCGUCUCGUUCUCCUUGCCCAGUUCGCUUCGAUCUGCUUCGUCUCACCAGUUUGACAGUGCCAUGUAUAUUUUUGCAACGGCUACAGCUUGUUGUAAGUUGACCUUGCUUCUAAAGUGAUGUGACAAUGCACCAACUGACUGGAAUGAGACACAGCCAUUGUCUCACUAUCAACUCACUGUGGUCAAUUAACUCAUUUUUACCCAUACCAUGUUACGCUAACAGCAGUGGACAAUCGCUGACUUUAUGGGAGAGAAGAACCUAUGAACAUAAGUUGUUCAUGGAGGUAUCUGAGUGCUUUUGAUUUCUUACCUAUUCUUCCAUUAAGACUGGAAUCAAGCGUACAUGUCAACUAUUGAUAAUUUAAGUUACUCUUGUGUCAUGUUAAGCUGUCUAAUUUGGAGGGGAAAAAUGUAGCUUAUUGAAAAAUAAAGAUUUAGGCACUGUUA